UGCAAGAACUGAAUCUGUCAGAUGCAGUGACCAAACACUCACCGUGAAAUUUAAGGACAUUUCAUCUUAUCUCUUGAAGCAUGCAAGAGAAGUUCAACAAGCAUUUGAGACUGGAUCUUUUUGACAUAGUAAGUCAAUGGGUUAUCUGAGGGUUUAUAAAAUGCCAAGAGAUAAGUUAAGUAAGGCCAGAGCACAUUCCCCGAGGAAACUGUUCUCUCUUGUACAGCCUAACUGCGCCCUCCAAUGGACACACCCCGCACUCAUCGUCUUCACGGAUGUAGGACGCACGGAGUUUUCUCGCCCUAAACUGGAUUAAAAUCAGGUUUUGCCUCCUUUUGAGAAAUCCCCAUUUAAGAAUGUUUCCUCGGAUUGACUUUGCUUCAAGGAGACACCGCUGCAGUCUUCCGUGUGCUGUUCCCUCUGCUGUCUGUGCACACAGCGGGUCAGUGCGCUCUGCUGAGCAGCUCUGAAAGACGCGACGCGUGGAGGAGAGUUCAACACACUCAGAACAAAAGGAUCUGGGGUUUAUUCCUUCGAUUUGAGGUGCCACUCUGGUCUGAGCUGAGGGAAAGAGCAACAAGCACCUGCAGGGACCCCUCAGUGGUCCAAACCCCCAUUACUGCAGAAUGGGAAACUUUUCGAGCAAGGACGGCCAUGGACCCACAGGAGCUCAUGGGGAAAGUUUCCACACCCCUCCUGCUUCCCCACAAAGUGAUGAGCCUGCCUCCAUACCUGGUGUCCCCCAGCUUUUUCACCCUGCUCCACCUCAACCCUCCCCUGCAGCCCCAUCCACAUCACCACCUCCAGUCCCAGGUCUCACACCCAGCGCAAAGAAAACACAGUCCAGCACCAACCCUACCACUACCUGUGCCCGUCCCGAAUGGAGGCCUUAUCCACCACUCAGCUCACAAAGCACCACUCUUGGUAGCUCUGGAGUUAACCAACAGCACAACAAUCCAGGAACUACUGCUUUUAAAAGAGAAGCUUCUUUUGGCAGGAAUGGGGGUCCUCCUACCUCCACCCCUCGAACCCCAAUCUCCCAGGGGAAGACUAUGACUGUCAGCCCCACAAGGACUCCCUCUUCUGUGUGUAGUGCCUCACCUGUGGUGGGCAGCUCUUCAGGGAGUAGCUGGAGAGAAAGGGACAGUGGUAUCAGUCAGUCUUUACUGCCUGCUCAUGAAGCUGCAGACAGCCAGGGGGAGGAACUGGAGAGACUUCUGGAGGAGUGUAGGAAAGCUCUUGGUGUCACUGCCAGUAAGGAUGGAGCCUCAAACACAACAGAAAUACUAAAGUGUCUGCUGACAGAGGUGAAGAGUCUGAAGAGUACAUUACAGACAGAGCGUGGGGAAUGGCUGCAGUUUCAGUCCGACCUACAGGUGGCAGUGUCAGUGGCAGAUCGUCUGAGAGCCGAGGCAGAAGAGGAGCUCACAGCCCUCCGAACGGUGCACAAAGAUGUAGAGAGGGAGCUGGCAGCUGCCCAGCAGAGACUGAAGGAGGCUGAUAUCCAACUGGUCACCCUAAGAGGGGAGUUGAAGGAGAGUAGGCAGAGACUGACUAAUCUCACACCGGGUCCAGGUCAGGAACCAGAGAGGCCAAAUAGACCAACCAAUGAACCAGCAAAAAGCCCCGAAAACAAAGAAGUGACCCAGAUGGGCAGGGAGCGAGGAGUUCAUAAGUUGGGGCAAGAAGAGAUGGAGAGUAAGUGUCUGAAUGAAGUGACCAAGAAUGUUGUCAGCAAGGAGGUCAGAAAGGACUGUAAUAAUGUGACUAAGCGCUACCUGAAAAAUGUGACCAGUGAGGAUCGGACUGGAGAGGCAGUGAGAUCCAGCGAGACACAAAGGAUGGUAACCACAGAGAGGUCAAGGAGUCUCUCCAGAUUACCUGCUUCCCCAGACUCCCCCACCGUGCAGAAUGGAACCUCCCAGACCAAUACCGUCUCAACAUUUGUACCUACAAACAAGAACACUGGGCCACUAAGAGGCAGGAGGAGUCUUGAUUGGCAGGACAGCAGGACAAGCACUGACACAGGAAAGCGAGAGGAAACUCUGAACAAGUACAACUCAAGCCUCACAGAGCUGCCUCCCACCAAGUCCCAGGAUGGCUUUAACAUGCUGCUGCGUCGCCAUGGAGGUUCUAAGAGAAACUCGCUGCUCCGCUGGUGUCAGAGCCAAACACAAGGCUACAAGAAUAUCGAUAUCACCAACUUCAGCAGCAGCUGGGCUGAUGGCCUGGCCUUCUGUGCUGUGUACCAUACCUACCUCCCUUCACACAUACCGUACACUACUCUGACCCCAGAGAACAAGAGGGAGAAUCUCAGUCUGGCAUUCAAGACAGGAGAGAGUGUUGGAAUCACACAGACUCUAACAGUAGAGGAGAUGCUGCGUGCAGGAGGUCCUGACUGGCAAAGGGUGCUGAACUAUGUGGAGAGCAUAUACCGUCACUUUGAGAUGUGACUGCUGGAGGUGCAGACUGAUCAUGGAGCAGUGGAACCUAACUGAAGCCUAACAGGAAACAAUCAAAGAUGUUUAAAAGUGAUGUCCUUGAAAAUAUGUUAUAGAUCUACUCGGAAACUAAAUAUUUUUAAAUUGCCAGGGUAACUUAAAAACAACAAUUUUAAUAAUAAAUAGAUUCCCUAAGCAAAGAACAUACAGACAGUUCUAUGCCAAUAGUUAAGGUGCCGUGUCCACUGUAUGCUUCUUACAUGCCUUCAUUCAAAGGCAUUUCAACAAGAAACUGUAGAAACUGUUGAUAGAAGUCGUGUCGUAGCAUUAGCAGCAGCUCUAAACUCGGAAAUUGUACCUCUGAAAAUCUGAGUGUGAUAACUUUUCUCCCCUGUAAGGACCUCCGCCAUUGUUGUUAACAAAGUUGAUUUCAGAGGUCCCGCCCCUUCUUGAUUCUGAUUGGUCGGUGAUCAAGAAGUGACAUUGAUGAACGCGGCAGUGUUCCAAAAGUUGAACUGUUUUCAACUGAGAGCGCUGUGACAAAAAUCAGGCGACGAUGAGUGUUGAAAACGCUGAAUCACAUUGAGUUUGAUUAGAAAAUAGGUGCUGCAAGCACAAACAACGUCGGCAGUGGACACCGCAUCUAAAGUGUCUUUUUUAUACAUAUAUAUAUAUUUCAAAUUUGCCUACAAACAUUGGCUCUGGAAACAACAGUUAUAGAGUUUUCAUCAGUUUGUGUUUCGAAAAAUUCUCACAGUAUUUACUUGAUAGGAACUCCGCUGAGUAGCACUCUAGCAUCAAAAUAAAGCACACUAUUACAGACACUUAACUGCAUAGCUCCCCUCCUUUUGUUAAAGACAUAUUAUAAUUUAAUUUUCAAAUUAUAUUAACACUAAUUCCCAAAACAUAGAAAUGUCAGUUUGGUGUCGUUGAAUGAUUUUCCCUCUGCCAAGCUAUCUGUCAAACAACCACAAAACUAUCAGGUUUCAAAUUUGUUACCACCAGCUCCACAGAUAUAGUUUCAUUUCUUUGUUGUAUGUGCUUGUAUUUCUCUCAGAUAGUAACUUUCGGUUACUGACCAACUGAGAGGAAGAGGAUCAGUCGGCUUUUAAAGUUAUUUUCUCUGAUGGCUGAAGAGAGACAGGAAAUGUGGGGAGAAGAGAAUGGGGGAUGACCUGCAGCGACCUCUUUGCACAGGCCUAUUGUUACUGUACAUGGGGCGCACGCUUAAACUGCAAGGCCAACUGCCGCCCCGAUCAAUCAGCUUUUAAUACAAUAAGUUAGAUAGCUCAACAAAUAUAUGUUAAACAGUAACUUUUAAAAUACAGACAGUCAUAGAAAUUCAUAACAUCUCAAUCUUUAAUAAACACUCCUUUAAGGAAAGAGCAUGUGAAGGUAGAGUUACUGUGAACGUCUCCACACUGGUACUUCACUGACAGACUGUAUGUACUGUGUGCCAAUGUGUCCUUAAAUAAUCUGUGUGCACUCUUUAAACAGCACACUGCUUUUACUGCCAGCCUGCCAAUAUGUCUUGAAUUUCACCUUGGCUGUCAUGCUCUGCAAAGAUUCUACAUUUUUACGCUGUAAAUAUGCACUUUGUCAGCACUUUUUUGAUGUAAAAUAUGAUUCUGUACAGUACAGGUGUUACAGGGGCUUUUAGUCAAAAGCCGGCAGAUAGAUAUGUAAAGUUCAAACCUCUGUUUUUGAACAACAGGGACUGUGUGGCAAAGAUCAAAACCUCAACAUCAAUUUCAUAAGUGUGCCAUGGCUAUUCUGGUGUAUCUCAAAUAACCUACACCUCACUGAUGCACCAAUCAGCGCUCAUUCUGCCACGGUGCUGGGAAACUAAAUAAGAAGAACGGUUUGAUGAGUGUAAACUGCAAUUUAUUGCCAAAGUCCUACCUGCCAAAUAUUAAAACACUCUUUUUUUGUGGAAAUUCACCAUUGUAAACAUGUGUAUAUGUAACUAGUGUGAAAAAUGAUGCUUAAGAAAUAAAUUGUUAAUAUUGUGCAAA